GGCGGUUGCGUGGGGCGUGGUCGGCGGAAAACGCACAGGACCUGUAAUGGAAGCGACAAGUACAGGGGUCCAGGUCUGACCAGUGACGGCGGAGAGUGACCUGCAGUCUUGUAUUUCAAGAACGGAGUCUUCAGAAUGGACGGGCAUCGCUCUGAGGGUUCUCCCCCCAGGAUGACUUCGGUGACUAGAUCAGAGACCAUAGAAGUGCUACAAGAGGAACCGGUUACAUCUAAGACUCGUACUCAUCAAUCGGAAUCAGAUCCCAGCCCUGAGGACGCGUGCAACAGAUCGUCUGCCUCCCUGGAGAUGACUCGAGGUGUUUCAAAGGAAAGGAUUCACAUUGGCUGUGAAAAAGGGGGAAGCUGUGAUCUCAGCCACGAGGAAGUACUUCAGUCCAGGCCCCUUCAUUUGUCUCCCCAAGAGCAGUCUGCCCAUCGUCAAGACAGAAGGCAGUCCUGGCGGCGAGCAAGCAUGAAAGGAAUGAACAGGCGGAAGUCACUGCCUCCCUUUCAUCAGGGCAUUACAGGUGGGGUGCUGUGUGUAUACGACAGUGGAGUUGCAGCUCAAAUAAAAUGUGACGAGCUCAGCAGAUCCAUCAGUGUUGAUCUGGCAGAAAGCAAGCGGCUGGGCUCACUCCUGCUCUCCAGCUUCCAGUUCUCUGUUCAGAAGCUUGAACCUUUCCUAAAGGACACCGAGGGCUUCAGUCUGGAAAGUUUUAGAGCCAAAGCAUCUUCUCUUUCUGAAGAAUUGAAACAUUUUGCAGACGGACUAGAAAGUAAUGGAACUCUACAGAAAUGUUUUGAGGAUUCAAAAGGAAAAGCAUCAGAUUUGUCCUUGGAAACAUCAGUGGCUGAGAUGAAGGAAUACAUAACAAAGUUUUCUUUAGAACGUCAGACGUGGGAUCAGCUCUUGCUGCACUAUCAGAAGGAAGCCGAAGAGAUCAUAUCCAGAGACUCGACUGAAACAAAGAUGACUGAAGUUGAAGUGGAACCUACAGCAUAUCUUAGGUCUUCCCAGAAUGAGGUUCUUAACACGAAGCCUGACUAUCAGAAAAUGUUACAGAGCCAGAGCAAAGUCUUUGACGGUGUGGAGUUGCUGAUGGACGAACUGCAGGGAUCAGUGAAGCAGCUGCAUGCGUUUAUGGACGAAAGUACCCAGUGCUUCCAGAAGAUGUCAGUACAGCUCGGGAAGAAAAGCACACAACAAUUAGAUUCCUCACCAGCUCGAAAACUGCUCAAGCUUCAGUUACAAAACCUACCUACUGCACAUUGCUCUAAAUCUUGUCAGUGACCUGAUGUAUCUUUCUGCCAGAGGUGUGCUAGAGCAGAAAGGGGAAGAAUGGGCCAGCGCAUGGUGAUUGCCCAGCUGUCUGAGCUGGGGGUAGCUACCCGGUUACCUCUGAUAACUGGCUGGCUGAAGAGCACUUUGAUUUUAUUCUAAAAGUGAUGACAUUCAUGUAUCCAAAAGAAUGUUGUAUGGACACUUUUUCUAAGAGUGUGCAAAGUAUUUUAAAUUUCUGUUUUGGAAUGACCAUCAGAACUAGUGGCCUAGUAUUUUAAAUAUCCUGUGUGAUCCCAAAUCUUCAUCUCGUAUAGAUGUUUUUCAAGUUUUGAAAUACCCAAAGUCACUGAGGAUCAAAUUCAAUGAAACAUUUUAGGGGUCAAAUUGCAUUUUGGUUGUGAAGGAAUGAGACUAAUUUUCUAGUGUGUGUGACUCUUAGGUAGAGAAGUUGUGGGCAUCGUUUAUAUCAUGUGGAUACAUGUAUCACUUCAUAAGAUGUCCAAAUCGGGGAAAUUCCACUCAUUAUCCAUGUCCUGAUGCCCAGAGUAUACUUCAGCUUUCAAUAUUGAGUCAGCGUCCUUAGUCCUGGAUCAUGGCAAGUAGUGGCUAAGUAUUCCUUUUCAUUGUUCACUGUUAAUACUCUGCAUUAUAAAAUUGUACAUAAUUAAAUGUCUUCUGUUGUC